GGAAUGAGUCUGCCGCGAGUGCGGGCAGAGGGACGGGUCGGCUCCGCGCCGCGCAGCGCCGCGCACCCGCGGGGGCUCCGCCGCUGAGACGCGGGGGGGGAAAAAUAUUAAUAAUAAUUAAAAAAACCCAGAAACAAAACCAAAACCCCCAAACUUCUCCAGCUUGUCCUCUAGGAAGUCCCUGCUGCAGGAUGAAUUAGGAAGGGAAGGAUUCUUCCUCUGAACAAUGGAGACAAGAGCGUCUUUCAUCGCCAGCAUGCAAGAGACCCAGCAUCUCUCUCCAGAGAAGGGUCAAAGCCCAGCCAAUGGCAACAGGGAGCACUUUGAUUCAGAUGAAGGCUCGAGCAUUGAGGACACAGACUUCAACUGGGAUGAAUUCCUGGAGGAAACCGGGGCCAGCGCUGCUCCCCAUACCUCGUUCAAACACGUUGAAAUCAGCCUGCAAAGCAGUUUCCAACCAGGAAUGAAAUUAGAAGUGGCCAACAAGAGCAAUCCGGACACAUAUUGGGUAGCUACGAUCAUUACAACAUGUGGACAGCUCUUACUGCUUCGUUACUGUGGCUAUGGAGAUGACCGCAGGGCAGAUUUCUGGUGUGAUGUGAUGACAGCGGAUCUUCACCCCGUUGGCUGGUGUACACAGAAUAACAAGGUCCUGAUGCCUCCAGAUGCAAUCAAAGAGAAAUACGUGGACUGGACAGAGUUUCUCAUACAGGAUUUGACAGGCGCCCGGACCGCACCUGCGAAUUUGCUGGAAGGCCCUCUGCGAGGAAAAAACCCUGUAGACCUCAUUACAGUUGAUUCCUUAAUAGAGCUGCAGGAUUCCCAGAAUCCCUUUCAGUACUGGAUAGUUAGUGUGGUUGAAAAUGUUGGAGGAAGAUUACGCCUUCGCUAUGUGGGAUUGGAGGAGACUGAAUCCUAUGACCAGUGGUUGUUUUACUUGGAUUGCAGACUUCGACCAGUCGGUUGGUGUCAAGAGAAUAAAUACAGAAUGGACCCACCUGCAGAUAUCUAUUCUCUGAAGACUAUAUCUGAGUGGAAAUGCGCUCUGGAAAAAUCCCUUAAUGAUGCAGCAAAUUUUCCUCUUCCGAUGGAAGUAUUCAAGGACCACGCUGAUUUGAGAAGCCACUUCUUCACUGUGGGGAUGAAGCUGGAGGCGGUGAAUAUGAGGGAGCCAUUUAGUAUCUGUCCUGCAUCAGUGACCAAGGUUUUUAACAAUCAUUAUUUUCAAGUGACCAUUGAUGAUUUGCGACCUGAACCUAGCAAAAUCUCCAUGCUUUGCCAUGCGGAUUCCUUAGGGAUCUUGCCAAUACAGUGGUGCCUUAAAAACGGAGUCAAUCUCACACCUCCCAAGGGUUACUCUGGCCAGGACUUCGACUGGGCGGAUUACCAGAAGCAGUGCGGAGCGGAGGCAGUGCCUCAGCUGUGCUUUCGAAACACAUCCUUCAGCCGUGGCUUUACUAAGAACAUGAAGCUGGAGGCUGUGAACCCCAGGAACCCUGCAGAGAUAUGUGUCGCUUCUAUCACCUCAGUUAAAGGACGGUUGAUGUGGCUUCACCUCGAAGGUUUACAGAUGCCCUCUCCAGAGUACAUAGUUGAUGUAGAGUCUAUGGACAUUUUCCCAGUUGGCUGGUGUGAAGCGAAUGCUUAUAACCUAACUCCACCACACAAAGCUGUUUUACGAAAGAAGAGAAGGAUUGCAGUUGUGCAACCAGAAAAGCAGUUACCAUCCACAGUGCCUGUUGAGAAAAUACCUCAUGACCUCUGCCCGGUUCCUCAGCCAGACACGACAGGCACCAUCAAUGGGAGAUAUUGCUGCCCCCAGCUCUACAUCAACCACCGCUGCUUCUCAGGUCCAUAUUUAAACAAAGGCAGAAUAGCAGAGCUACCUCAGUCUGUUGGGCCUGGCAAGUGUGUGCUUGUCCUUAAAGAGGUUCUUAGCAUGGUGAUCAAUGCAGCUUACAAGCCAGGGAGUGUUUUACGAGAACUGCAGCUCGUGGAAGACCCUCAGUGGAAUUUCCAAGAGGAAACGCUCAAAGCAAAGUACAGAGGGAAGACGUACAGGGCAACGGUUAAGAUUGUGCGAACAUCGGAUCAGGUAGCAGAUUUCUGCAGAAGAGUCUGUGCAAAGUUGGAGUGCUGCCCCAACCUGUUCAGUCCUGUCUUGGUGGCUGAAGUCUGCCCGGAGAACUGUUCCAUUCAUACUAAAACCAAGUACACUUAUUAUUAUGGAAAGAGGAAAAAAAUCAUUAAGCCACCAAUUGGGGAAAAUAACAACAUGAAAAGUGGACAUGUCAAGCCAGCCAGACGCAGGAAAAGGCGGAAAUCCAUCUUUGUGCAGAAGAAAAGGAGGACGUCGGCCGUUGAUUUGAAUGCAGCAGGCUCGGCAGAGGAAAGUGAAGACGAUGAGCCGGAUGCGAUGGAGGAUGAGACAGGGAGCGAGGAAACCAGCUCCGAGCUCCGCGAUGACCAGACGGACACCUCCUCCGCCGAGGUCCCCUCCACCCGGCCACGGCGUGCCGUCACGUUACGGAGCAGCACCGAGUCGGACCGACCUCCUCCCACGGAGAGGGCUCGGAGGAGCCGGAAAUCCCAGCCUCUCUCGUACAACGAGGGAGAGAAGUGCCCUCAAGUCAAGGAAGAAAUGAAGCAAGAAGAGGAGGAAAAGCUCAUCCUGGACAGUAAUCCACUGGAGUGGACUGUGACCGAUGUUGUGAGGUUUAUUAAACUGACUGACUGCGCACCCCUUGCCAAAAUAUUUCAGGAGCAGGACAUCGAUGGCCAAGCCCUUCUGCUGCUGACACUCCCCACGGUGCAAGAGUGCAUGGAGCUGAAGCUCGGGCCGGCCAUCAAGCUGUGUCACCAGAUCGAGCGAGUAAAAGUGGCUUUCUAUGCACAAUACGCCAACUGACUGCACUUCUCCGUUUCUGUCUGUUCCCUUUUUCAUUCUCUCUCUUUUUUAACACUGCAACUCGUUCGAGGUUCUUUGCUUUUCCCCCAUUCUUUUCCGAAAACACAUGGAAUCGGAAGCACUGGGAAGUAACUUGUAAAAAAAAAAAAAAGAAAACUAGCAAGAAAUUGAAUUUUUCUGUACUUGUAAAGCACACUGAAUGAUUGCUGGCAUCUCUCCUUCACAAGCCUUGCUAACCCGCUACGCUGUGGUGUUAAGGCCAGUAUGGAUCAGAUGGCUUGUCAUUUUUUAAAACAAAGCCAAACAACUUUUGCUACCAGUGGCAGACACAUUCCCAAGGAGAACGGUCAGACAUUUCCGGCUGAUGAUGGUUGGUCUAGGUCCAUUUCUGGACAUGAACUAUGCUUUCAGCCAACUCUGACGCACUUCUUUCAUAUUGAAAUGUAAGUGACCAUUUUUAACAUAACCCGGGGUUUACUGCAAAUUUGAUCUUAGUGAUCAAUGGGGUUUUUUUCUUCUUUUUUUUCUCCUCUCUGUUCUCACAGAAGGAAAAAGUGUUAUACCAGUCAUAUGCUAUUUGUUAUUCCUGAGUGAUUUAGAAAGGAGGACCCAAGCCAGGCUCUCUGUACGGUAUCAGACGAAGCUGCAGGGAGCUGACAAGGGCGCAACAAGACCUAAUGCACAGUAACGCUUCCCGAGCCCGCGUCGCUGCGUACAAUACACCGAUUGUCUCGGUGGUCAGAUCUGUACAGUGCUUCAUUCUUGUAAAGGAACGUGCAUGAAAUCUUUUAUCCUCAAGCCCGUCCAGUUCAAUUCAAGUCUGACUUUGAACCCAAUGGGGGGAACAGAAACCAGGCUCUUCAGAUUUAAUGAUGAGACUGCGGAGCGAGGCUGAUUGCACUUCCACCUUCGUGGAUUUGGUGUUAAGUGGUCAUAAAAAGCUCAACGUUUUCCACCGUUGUACCCCACGGGGUUUUACGCCAGCUGAAGAUCCAGCCCAGAGCACCCGCUCUCUCCGGUGUAUAUAAAGCUCCCAGAUUGUCCCAGUGCUUUGUGCCACCCGGGCCAGUUAAACUGGGGCUUGCUUUAAACAGGCUCAGUGUUUCUGUCUAUCUUGCAGGGCUAUAUGACCCCUCCUCCUCUCCCUCCAAACACGUGUUGAGCCUCAAUUUGUGGCAACUCAGCAAAGGUUGGUGGUGACACAUUGGUGUGAAGUUCUCCCCAAAGCAAGAACCAAACUGGGACCAAGCCUGAAUUUUGCUCUGACUUUAAGGUGUGAGUGAAUCCUUCCCUCAAAAAGCAAACUGGAUGGUUCUUGCUGAGGUUUAGCCUGAUUUCAUAGGAAACCACUGGCUUCAGCAGACUUUUUGGGUUUUUUUUAAGCUAUAGACAGGCCCCUUUUUCCUGGCCUUGGGGAACUCAGCUUGGGUUUUAUAUUUGUCCUGGAAAUUUUACACAGCUCUGUUACAAUGCUGUGAUGCCAAAGGCCACCCAGGGAAAACCUCUUCCAAAAGAAAUGUCUCUUCUAGCCCUAAAUCUGAAUGGCUGUGCUUCUGGCCAGAUAACCAAACCUUGAAUAGUUGCCAUGUGAUGACUGCAAACUUGGAUCAGAUAAUCCUGCUGUCUCUGCACUCAAAAAAAACCUACUGACCAACACCAGGCUAGAGCUGGUGCUUUCUCUUUUAUCAAUUUCCUCCUUAAAUUCUUUAGAUUAAAGGUGGAAAGCCUCAGAAAUAAAUAAAAUCCUGGGCUACAUCCGAAUCUGCCCUAGAGCAUGUGUUAGGCAAGAAGUAAUGACUCCGUCUGCCAUGCAUCACUGGAGACUUUAUGAUCUGUCUUUCAGUGAGUUUCCUGAUUUGCCGCUGAGGAAUUUGAUGGGUGCUACUGCUGCAGACUGGGCCAGCUCCUGCCAGCUCCUGCAGACUUCACUGGAAAUUUUCUUAGGUGGGAGAUCAGCAGGACUGGGUCUGGGCUCAGCUGUUUGUUUGUAUGGAAGAUCUUGGUGUUGAAGUUUAAAUCAAAGGAAAGGAAAAGAUGUAGUCACCUCUGUGCUAAAGAGGUUUCUUUCAUUUCUCCAAAAGCCAGGAAUAAAAAGGUCUGUAAUGGUGCAGACAUUCAAAAACUGGGUUUUAGACUGGAUUACCUACUGAACAGUAGCAGUGGACUAUGUCCAUGCACUUGGUUUGAUAACUGCUUGGACUCACUUUAGGGUCCCUAAAGAGUUGCUCCUUGUUUAGUCUCUGAAGACAAAAUGAUUCUGCCUGGCAAAAAGAGAGCAUGGCUGAGACAAAUGAGGAUGCUUCUCCCAGCACCUCCGUGCUUCAGCUGAGUCCCUUCCAAGGCUGGUGUAACGUCUGCCAGCAGGAGAUAUCUCCCACAAGACUGCUAUCAGGAAAACCAGAGCACGAGGACAUUUCAAGGAAGGGAAUCUGCCUUUUUGAGCAUCCCAGCACUGAUCCUUUACUUACCAAGUUCACCUUCUUCUGAGCGUCCUUCCACUGCUCUGAUGUUCUUUGGAGUUUCUGGACGCUCAGAUUUGUCAGAGACAUUUAAUGCUUCCUGGAACAUGUCGCAAGAACUUCAACGCUUUCUCCGUUAACCUUGUAACUGUAGAUAUUCCUAUGGCAGCUAACUAUUCACGGAAGCACGGUCGGGGAGCAGAGCUGCAGACUCUGAGAAUAACCAUCCCUAACAUUGGCCAAGCAGGGGAUGGAUGGAGUGUGGAGCCCAGCACGUGGGAGUCUCUACUGAUUGUUCAGGGAAGUUAGAUCAUAUUAAAAAAAAACAUGUAUUAAACAAAAAACAGUUUAAUUUUAGGUUGCAGCAGCUGUUUUAUUUCCUUAGGUUUCUCUCUCUUCAUCAUUCGUCUUUCAAUUUACUGUUCUUCUGUGUCCUGUCAUUUAUCUCUCUCUGUUCCUUUUGGAGAAAAUGAUAACCUGAAGUCUUUAUCGUAAAAUUAUCUUGUACCAGCUGGGUGAUAAAUGCUUUUUUUUUUUUUUUCCAGUCUUUAGGAUUGGGAGAAAAAGGGGAUUGGGCAGAUGUUGUCUCUUGCAUUGACUGCCUCCCAGAGAACCUGGAGCUGAAGGUCUUUGAUGGUUUCUUAAACAAAUGGAGAAUGGAUUGUGCGUAGAUUAAUUGGAGAAUGUGCUCAGAUUGUCACUUAAACCUUGAGCAGAGAUCAGAGACAACUGCUUACUCUUGCCCAUACUUCAUUUCAAUUCUGGAAAAUUAGCAAGGCUUUAGAAUAAUGUACCUCAAAAGUGACAUUUGAAACCAGAUCUCGUUAGAGUAAAACAUCGCUUUGCUAAGUAGAAAUAUAAGACACUGAAAGUUUUUCUGGUCCAGUAUAGGUUCUGGGUUAAAUUCAGAGCUGGUGCAAUUGCAUAGAUACACCGAUAAUGUUGAUGAAAUUAUAUCUUCUUCCACUUGUUCUGAAUUUUGCACCCAGGGCUGAAGUUUAUUGUAUUACCAGCUGCAAAAAGCCACUACUCUGAAGUGCUAAACACAUGAUUAUCUGAGACCAUUACCAAAGGCUGAGGAGCAGUCCUGCAGUUGCGUUUGGGAUGUUGGAUGUUGAGCUUCAGCACAUUCACACAGAUCGUUUUGCUCCCACAGAGAAGGUGUGCAGGCAUCUGCUCUUGGCCUCUCUUUAGGCAUAGGACCAAGGAUGGGCAUCUCUGGAGCUUUGUGCUCAGGAGCACAAGGAAAGGGUUGAGCAUAUUAUGCAUUGAUACUUGCCCAUCUUGCUCUGCAUCGGCUUCUUUUGAGCCUGUGCUCAGCCUGGUUGAAGAGGUCCAUGGGCAGGUUCCUGCAGCCUUCCCAGACCAGGAAUAACACAUUAAACCAGAAUAACGCAUUAACUUAUGGCAGAUGUCCAUGUUUCCCUGCUGGUUGUCCUUCUUUCUUCCUGUUGUCAUCAAUGCUCCUCUCCCACCUGGAAGAGAAAUGCUCUUUUUCGGUUCAGAGCUCUUCUUCCUUUUCCAGCUUGAAAAUACACAGCUCCCAUCCACACUCCCUGUUUUUUUUUCUCAACUGCAGGAUGACCGAACUCCUGACUGUUUCUGCUUCUCAGAGCUGUGAUGGCCUCCCAGCUCUGAGAAGGAUUUCAGGUUCUCCAGCUCCACCUUGUUGACCAUAUGCAAUAGCUCUUGAGAGUUUGGUCCUGUAGGGUGCGGAGAACCUCUUAGAAAUGCUGUAUAUCCUCAGCACCCGUUGAAAUCAGGGCAAAUGGUUACACAGCCUGUCCUCAGUGAAGCAUCUAGCGGGUGCAUGUCCUAGCUGAGACAGCCUGACCCGCAUUGCCAGAGGUGUUUGGAUGCCUGCCGGGAUUUACAAAACUCAGUAAGUUAGACACCUAAAACCCAUAAAGAGUUCAGUGUGGGUAAACAGCUUAUUUGCCUUAAACUGGAAAGUUGCUAUUCCUUGGCUUUAACCUGCAACCUUUUGUGGUCAGAAAUAACAUGGUCUGGAGUAAACGCCACCUCAGCUCUUUGAAGCCCAACCAGACAAUGUCAACCCACCAUAAUCAAUAUCUGGUCACUGGAAAAGCCUGCCCUGGUCUUUUCAGGGCACCAGAUUGAAUUUGGUGGAGCUGUAAUGCAAUCACAAUGUCUUGGAAGCUCAGCACCAUCAGGGCAUUUCAAAUGCUUUUUGCUUUUAUGGUGCAGCAUGUCUGGAGAAUGAUGCAGAUCAGACUGUUUCUCCCAGUUAAACAUUCAAGUGCCAAAAAAAGAAAAAAGAACAUGCUGUAAAAGAGCACCAUUGAAACCAGCUUUAUCACAUGUGUAUAAAUAUAUUCUCAAGGGCUCCAUUUUGGUGCUAAGGUGUGUCACUCUGUAUUUUCCAUUGCUUGGAAUUACAAAGCUGAUUCCCCUCUCCAAGAAUAUUUUCUGUAAUCAACAACAUGUCUUAACCAUUAGGAUUUUAUAUCAUUCUUUUUUUCUUGCAGCUAUAGAUUUUUUAAUUCAGACACACUCAACAAAUAGCCCCCUCUAAAUCCUAUGAGUUUUGGAAAAGUUUUAUACAAUAUAUGUAUGUAAAAACCCUUUCAAAAUAUGGGUGCAUGUAUAUUUUUCCCUGGCUGAUACUCUUCAUCGAAUCAGCUGACCUACUAUUUAGGGAAUCCUUGUUACUCAGGACUUGAUCCAGAAGUGAUCGAAGUCAGUGGAAGGGCCCUCAUAGACAUGUGUGGGCUUUGGACCAGGUCUUCACUGAAUUCUUUCACUUAGAAGUCCAAAGUGUGCAGUUAAUUAACAAGAAGUUUAAAAACCUGCUUCUCCCAGUGGGCAGAAAUCCAACCGAAAUCUGCCAGACUAAAUGAGAAAGGGUUCAUGUCCUUAGGUGCUCAUGAACUUCAAAGAAAGGAGCAGAAACAUUUAAUAUUAUCAUUUAUUCUUUGGUACGAAACUCCAGCAACAAGUGCAAUGAUCUUAAUGGCUGCAUUUAGAAUUUGAGCCAGACAUCAAAGAUCAGAGUUUUACAGCCCAGUAGUCCUUUAAAUGUCAGCUGUCCUGCAGGAGAAGAGUGGUUUUGCAGUGAUUUGGUGCCACAUACUGGAAUUCUCUUGCAUGAGAAGGUGAAUGUGAACUGCCCAGAAAUAACAUGGGUCAUAGAUUUAAAUUUUCAUGCCUUUUCUCGUGUUUUAGUCUUUGAUGUGAAUUCUUACAUUGAAGAAGAUCUCAAGUUCCUGAUUUAAAACUCUAGCCUCUGCGAUGGCCUGUGGCAGAGCUUUCUAGCAUUUAGAUCUAGUGUCAUGCUACUUAUGAGCAUGGGAGCAUGCGUUGACAGUCAGCUAGGGCAGGUGAGAUGAGGAGAUCUCUCUGCAAAAAAGCCCUGCUUGUCGAAGGAGUCCUCUGCACAGCCUGGAGGACGGAUGCUCCCCACAGCUCACAGGGGCGAGGGGACAUGUUUCCAGUCAUGCUACUGCUGGAUGGAUCUUGUAGCCUGAAUAGCGUAAGGCAGCAGGACAGUUGUCAUGUGGCCACUUAGCCACAGAUAUUGUCAGCCUUGAUGCCUGUGAGAGACGGGAGGGAUGGUUUCAGGGAAGAAGAGGGUUUGGCAUUCUGAGUUGGAGAUGCCUUUGUAGAGAAGGACCUUCCAUGGGAGGAAAUUGCAGCUGUAGUCCAUCAGCAUCAUUCCUGAAGGCUUCUCUGCAUCUUGCUCAUAGUAAAGAUGCUUUAAGCCCAAGCAGAGGCCUGGUGAGAGGAGAAGGAAAGAAGCUGGCAAUACACUCAGAGCUACAACCCUUGCAUGUGAGUGCUGUCAGGUUAGUAUUUUCUUUCCCUUGUGGAGAUGCAGGGAUUUGGCCCAGAUGUCUCUGGGCCAUUUGGCUCAGUAGGGAGCAGUAGGGAAGAUCAUUCUUCCUGGUAUCCAUCUCCUGUGCAUCUCCUGUGUUUGGGCAUUAAGGAACUUCCUCUUGCACCUUUCAGACCUUCAUAGGAAAAGUCAGGCUAAAACUUUAGCUCCCUCCCAUAGAAAUAGGUCGCCUAGCCCUGAGUUCAGAUUAUGGGAGUCAGCAAAACACACAGCUGUGUGUUGUGAUGUGACAGACCAAAAAUGAUCCCUCAGAAGUCAACCCAUCUGCAUGUUACUGCUCCAUUCUCACCAGAGGUUGUGGCCUUUAGAUCUGUUCAUAACUGCACACGGUGUAUUUCCUAAUCCCCGUUCGACAGAACCUGCUCAGGAUGUGCCAACACAUGCAGUUAUUCCAGCAGCUUUCACCUUGGGGGACCUGCUUGUUAGAAAAUGCUUGCCUGGGGAAGGAUGACGUGACACUUCCGUGUAUACAGGCAGGGAUAUCACGUAUAGCCAGGUACUCACUGCAGCAUGGUUCGAUAAAGGUGAAAGAUCUCCAGCAGAGGCUUUGAAGGGAACUGAGUCUUUUCACGAGCCAGGGUGGAACAAGGUGACCUCUCGUACCCUCCUCUCUCUAACAGAACAGCAGAAAUUCGCUCUACAGCCAGCAGUUACAGACCAUUAGUGGUGAUGUACAUUGGAAACCUUUGAAUUGUUUUGCAUUCCAGUUUGUACUGAGGAUUUGAUUCAAACUUUGUGUACGUAAUCCCUUUGGUGUGUUACAAAUAUAUAUGUGUGUAUAUAUAUAUGUGUGUGUAUAUAUAUAUAUAUAUAUACAUAUAAAUAAAUCAAUGCUGGUGUUUUUACUUUUUAAAGUCCACAGGGCAAAGGGCAUGUUGUUAGUUUGCUGUAAGAUUCUAUUCUGUAUAUAUGUUUUCAUGUAAAUAAGUGAAAAUCUAUAUUCAGAGUUAUAUUUUAAUUUUUAUUCAAAAUGAAAUAAAUCCCCUUUUUACUUGAAGCAAUUGUAAGCUACAUUGUUAAUAAAGUAAUAAUAAAUCA